AUGGCAGCGCCGCCCCCCACAGACCCCUCGACGAUAACCGAGUCCACCCUCUCCGCCGCCCUCACGGAGCGCCUCGAGGCCACGCACGUCCAGGUGACGGACAUGUCGGGCGGGUGCGGCCAGAGCUUCACGUCGCUCAUCGUCUCCCCGCAGUUCCGGGGCCUCAACUCGCUGAAGCGGCACCGCGCCGUCAACGCCGCCCUCAAGGCCGAGAUCGCCGCGAUACACGCGUGGAGCGCAAAGUGCCUGACUCCUGAGGAGUGGGAGAAGCAGGGCGGCGGGGCCGAGAAGAAGAGCGAGCCGCCAAAGGAUGGGACUGUGGAUGGAAAGGUUGAAGGGACGACACAAUGA